UGUUGACAAACUCCGAUGAUGCUGAUCGUUUCCUCAGUGGGGCGGAGGCAGACGCUGGAGAGGAUACCAAACAAACUACCGCUGUUUACUACAGAACCGAGGCGAUAAACCGCGUUUACAGUCCGCAGACCCGCCCGCUCGCUCCUCCGCACUGAGAGUUAUUUACCAGAAAAUCACAUAUGCGAGUAUGGGCAGCUGUUUGACGGUUGGACCGAAUGAAGCCCUGGUUGUAUCAGGUGGCUGUACUGGGUCAGAUGAGAAGAUCUACGUGGUGGGCGGCUGGGCCUGGGCGUGGUGGUGCCUGACAGACACACAAAGAAUUACACUUGAGAUUAUGACUCUACAACCCAAAUGUGAAAGUGUGGAAACGGCUGAAGGAGUGGCCAUUACAGUCACAGGGGUCGCUCAGGUGAAGGUUAUGACUGACAAGGACCUGCUGGCGAUCGCUUGUGAGCAGUUUUUGGGUAAAUCUGUUAUGGAAAUCAAAGGUGUGGUGCUGCAAACCUUGGAAGGCCAUUUGCGCUCCAUUUUAGGUACUCUGACAGUGGAGCAGAUCUACCAGGACCGGGAUAAGUUUGCCCAGUUGGUGCGUGAGGUGGCCGCCCCCGACGUCGGCCGCAUGGGCAUCGAAAUCCUCAGCUUCACUAUUAAAGAUGUUUAUGAUAAGCUGGACUAUCUGAGCUCUCUGGGGAAGACGCAGACGGCCGCGGUGCAGAGGGACGCAGACAUCGGCGUGGCCGAGGCAGAACGGGAUGCUGGGAUAAAAGAAGCGGAGUGCAAGAAGGAAAUGAUGGAUGUCACGUUCUUGGCUGACACCAAAAUGGCCAACUCUAAACGGGAGCUGGAUCUCCAGAAAGCUGCCUUCAACCAGGAAGUCAACAGCAAGAAAGCGGAGGCUCAGCUGGCGUACGAGCUACAAGCAGCUAAGGAGCAGCAGAAGAUCCGUCUGGAGGAGAUUGAGAUUGAAGUGGUGCAGAGGAAGAAGCAAAUCGUCAUCGAGGAUAAGGAAAUCAAUAGGACGGAGAAGGAGCUGAUCGCUAUAGUCAAGCGGCCCGCCGAGGCCGAGGCGUACAAGAUGCUGCAGCUGGCUGAGGGCCAGAAGAUAAAGAAGGUGCUGACCGCACAGGCCGAAGCGGAGAAGAUCCGGAAGAUCGGCGAGGCGGAGGCUAAGUCUAUUGAGGCGGUGGGCAAGGCCGAGGCAGAGAAGAUGAGGCUGAAGGCCGAUGCCUACCAGCAGUACGGAGAGGCUGCCAAGACUGCGCUGGUACUGGAAGCGCUGCCAAAGAUUGCUGCAAAGGUGUCUGCUCCUCUGGCCAGGACCAAUGAGAUUGUGAUUCUGAGUGGAGAGGGUAGCCGAGUGACGGGUGAGGUGAACCGUCUGCUGGCUGAAUUACCGGUGUCUGUCAACGCUCUCACAGGCGUGGAUCUCACAAAGAUCCCUCUGCUACAGAAGAUGACCAACGCGGAAGCUUGAGACAAAUCAGUUCCUGUCCUCGUCGGUAUGGUUUAUGGGUUUAUGCACUCACUAAGAAUGCCUUCAGAACACUUGAAGUUAUUUAAAAAAAGUAAAAGAAAACAAAACUCUUAAGUUAAAAAGAAAACAAGUGGAUUUUUAUACCUCUGGUGCCUUAAUGUUUUAUAGGACCAGAAUAUUUGCAUGUACUGCUGCUCCUCUCCUCCUGUACUGUUCAUGUUUCAGUUUUUCUUUGGUUGUUUGUUUGUAUGUUUGGUGGAUGAGUGAAUGGGUGUGUGGGGAUUAUGAUGUGUUUGGGAAACUACUGGCACUACACUACAGUCUGUGUACAAUACUUUACUUUAUUUCUGUUCUUUUGCACUUUUUUGGAUUGUGUUUGUGUUUUAUAAGCAUGAGAAUUCCUAUAUCCUCAUAUUGUUGAAGUCAUAUAUAUGUUAUGAUUGAUUAUGUCUACUGGUAUAUACAUUCAUCUCUUUAAAAAAAAAAAAGUGUCAGAUUGGAAUACUGUUUUUAAGGAGGAUAAAGGUUGCCAGGAACAAUAAGUGAUUUAAAAAUGUAUCUGUAAAGCAUCUGUGUGCUCCUCCGAAAAAAUCUUCAGGAACUGCGAGACAUCUGGUAUGUUGCUUUACAAAUGAUUUCUGAACGCUAAGGCUAAGGGCGUUUUGACACCAGCACUAUUUAUUCGGUUAAAUCAGACUCCGGUUGGUUUGUACUCUUGAUGUGGUUCAUUUCAGCAGGUGUGAAAUCGAUCAGUAAUCGCACUUCUUCUGGAAGUGGUCUCAGUCUGGUCCCAAUCUCACUUCUUUUUUAGCGAGAAUGUGAUCCUCUGUUAAGUACACUAUUUUAAUUUGAGCUAAACUGCUGUUCAGUUGCAGUUUACCCUGAUUUACUACCACAGCUAUAAACAAAUGCUGCCUCUGCCGCAGCUUCAUGUUAAACUGUUUUCACACUGAUUGCCUCUGCAGCUGCUUGACUUUGUUUAAUAUCAACUGAUCCAGACCAGAGAAACAGACUAUAGGUGUGAAAAUGCCCUUAGAGAAUCUUUCAGAACCAAGACCUCCAGGGAAAGCCUUGUGGUGCUCUUCACCCUUCGCUUCUGUAUGGGUCAGAAGCCUGGACCACAUACAGUAGGCACCUAAAAGCACUAGAGGCAUAUAAUCAAUGAUGCCUAAAAUAUGUAAAAUAUUAAGGAUUAGCUGGGAGGAGCAAUGCACUAAUACCAGCGUCUUGGAGGACAGAGAUAUUUCUAUGAUCACUGCCACAUUUUGCCCAAACCCUACUGGAUCACCUUGGAUGUUUUACGUCUUUCUAAAGUCCCAUAAGUCCUGGAGGCCAAAAGCAGAAACUACAAGGAGAAAUUUGGUGUAAAAUGAAUCUGGUGGCAACCCUUUGUCGAAUUAUCCACCUCUGUUUUUCCCUAGCAUUCCCAAAUACAGCGCUUUUAGCUGAUGCUCCCAACUAACAGGCCUACAAUGCUAGUGAUAGGGGCAUAGCAUUACCCAUGCAAAGAAAUCACUGUUUUCACACCAUUAACAAAGUUAUCAAAGUAGCACUGACGUCAAGUCACGCUAAUUCGAGAGACGAACCCAAAAAAAAAGGUAGAAUAGGUUGCAAAAUAAAAUAAAAUUAUUUCUGUGGAAGUGCAUGAUAUUAGCAACCUCUGGAAUUCAUUCACUUCAAGGUAUUGUGUGCAUAAACAGUCCUUUUUAAUAAACUGUUGUUGCACUUUUAAAGUUCUUAGUGCCUCAUUUUUAAAUGUCAGGAACCUCAGAAUGAAUUCUACCAAUGAAGAGUGGAGCUACUUUAAGUUUGUUAAUUUUGUAAAAUAUUGAUUACCUUGCAUGGGUAACUGUAUGCCCCUAUCACUAGCAUUGCAAGCGAUUUGGGAGCAUGGGCUAAAGCUGUGUUUGGAAAAGCUGUAUUUGGUAAUGCUUUGGGGCGAACGUGAGGUGAGCUAUUCUAUAAAAUUUUGUAUUUGUUGCCAUGUUUCACGGCAACCACAAGUCCAUUUCACACCAGAGUUCUCCUUUAAAGAUAAUAAUAUUGGAAAAACAAGGUGACCUAGAGACUUUGUGAAAACUUAGAAAAAUAGAGCAAAAUCCAAAAAACCAUCCGUCCAUUAAUUCCAAAUAUUAAUCCAUCCACCACCAAUACAUUCCCUUUUCCAUACUGCACAGGAAUAUAAUAAUAUACAAGAAUCGGUCCAGAACCUGAAUCUGAUACAACCAACAGAAAAAAAAACACAAGGACCAAGAAGGAGGACAGUCAUACAUGCAUGACUAUAAGACUAUAAGAGUUAGAUCAUAUCAUUCCACAUUUUUAUUUUCCUGGUAACUUUUAUUCAUCUAUCAAUCUGACACUGUUUUUUUUAUGAGCGUAUAACACUACAUUCACUUUAUUAUUUCUUAAAACUGUGAGUUAGCUUUACGUUACGUUACGAAUGCUACAUUUACUACUACACACGUUUGGUGAACGUCUGCUGCCGACGUUGUAAACGAAUAGCGCUUACAACUCUCACCAUUCUUCAGGAAAUAUGGAAAUUGCCAUCAGCAUUGAAGGGGGUUUAUUAGCAUGUAGCAUUUGAGGGCAGUGAAUUCUCUGGUGAUAGCAUUGCCGCCUUACGGGUAAUUUCCAUCAUCCUCUUAGAUCAGCCACGUUUACGCUACUUUUAUGUGCUGCAUGAUUGCUUUUGGCUAGAUAAACAGAUAAACAGACUUUUCAAAAACAAGGUCAGAUGUCCCUGCAUGAAAUGUUUUUUUAUUUAUUUUUUCUCUCAUAAUUUAUGCUCAUUGAUUCAUGUCUUAACACUUAUUAAUAUUGUUUUUACAUGAAUAGAUUUAAUUAUGUGAAUUUUUAGGACCAAUGCACUAUUUUGAACGGGAGUUUUAAUGUUAAUAUGACAUAGGACGUUUAUUUCUUUUUUAGCUUUAAAAUACAGUGUGGCUGUUGCUCUAUCUAUCGUUUAACACCGUGCCCUCAGAGAGAACUCCAGGGUACUGAGCACAGCAACAUGGUACUCCAAACAAACUCCGCUACCUCUUGCCUUCUUAACCCCUUCAACUGUUGGCUUAUUAUUAUUAUUAUUAAACUACUAAAAUUAUAACACUACCUUUUGUAACACUACCUGAAAUGUGGAAUUGAAGUGUGGAUUGAUCUCACACACACACAGAGCCAUGCAGUUAAGGGGUUAAUGGUUUAAAAACACGAUUAACGGUCAGUCAUUUUGAGUUUUGAGGCAGCAGAUGCCAAUUGUUUGUAAUACGAUUCUGUCUGGCAAAUACAUGUAAAGCCUAUCAGAAACUGAUGGAAUUAAAAAAUAGAAUCAUGUUUAGAAAAAAACUGAUCGAUUUUUGUUAUGAAUGUUUUUCUAUUAUUAUAUUACAUACACAUGGAAGCCA